AUGUUCAAGAAACCCCUAGCUCAUCAGUCCAAUGCGACGCCUAUCCGCUCAUCCGCCAGACGGGGGCUGGUAGCCGAUAUUUUUGCAGCUUAUCCAACGCUUCCGCCGGUGGUCAGCGAGAAUGCGACGCCCGAGGAGGUUGGUGAAAGGGAUAAGGCGGAGCGGGAGUUGGGGCGACUGAUCCUGCCAGAGGGCAUCAGGAGCUGCAAUUUUGAGACGAGCGGAGGCGUGGAGGGGAACCUGUACCUUUCGCCCGAUAAUGGUGAUCCCCUCUGGAUGUCCUUCGGACGAGGCUCAAAGCAGCUCAUACCGACUUUAUACUCACUUUCCCUCCCAAUACCAAUACCGCCCUUACCCAUUCUCAAACUGCAUCACCCCCUCCCUCCGCCCCUCUUGGCCGGCGCGCCUCUUUUCAUCGGCGCGGUCCGGGACCUUCCUCGUCCACAUCUCCUCCCUGACGUACCCGAGGGCGGUAUUGUCGCGUUCGUGAUCGCUCCAAAGGGAGAUGAAGACGAUAUGGUGCAAUAUGCGGGUGUGGGCAGGCUGGUUGCGCCUGGAGGUAUGAAGGGGGCGUGGGAGCGCCGAGGACGAGCUAGGGAGGGCGAUGAGGAGGGAAAGUUCUGCGAUGUGCUGUGCAUCAUAAAUGAUCAUCUUUGGGAAAUGGGCUCGAAGAAGCCAACACCGCUCUUCCAGCUUCAACCCCCUUCACAUCCUCUCGUGCCGCUCACGGCUGCCACCGGCUCGUCAUCUUCAUCGUCCACAUCCGCUCUCGCUUCCCAAAUGGAAACGGCGACUAUCUCAUCCACUCCUCCGUCUCCACCAGCCACCCAAACACCAGUAUCGUCCACCGAACCGCUCACACCAGCGGAGGUAUCCACACUCCUCAACCUCGCCCUCCUUCAAUCUCUCUCGACCUCACCGCCAUCUUCAUUUCCCAUCCCAGCGUCAACGCUGUACUCGGCACAUGUCCUCCCAAAUCGCCCGGCGUAUAUACCGAAGGAACAAAGGGAAGAUGUCGUGAUUGGGAAGAGCGAGUGGAAGAAGCUGGCCAAGUGGAUGAAGGAGCUGGGGAAGGAUGGGGUCCUGAAAAUCAAGGAGAGUAAGGGGGAGGUGACUGUCACAUCGUUCGACCAGGCGCAUCCUUCCAUACAAGGUCACGCGCCGUUCCUUACCAUCGCUAAAGACGAUGCCAAGUCCGCAAGCAAAGCCGCUCGGGAAACAGCAGCGGCGGAGAUGGGCGAAGCAGGGAUGGUCAGCACACCGAAGGGGAAACAGCUGCUCAUUGAGGAGCUGUGGAAGCCAGCAGGGAGUGGACUAGCAUUCUGGGAGGCGUGUGGAAUCGAGAAGACGAGCUUGAAUUCUGCCCAAUCACUCAAGGUGCUAGUGGAUGACUAUAUCGCUAAGAAUCGCCUUCCAGAUCCGACAAAUCAGCGAUUUGUCCGCUUAGACGGGCUAUUGGCGAAGGCUGUCAAUGCGGAAUCCGGUAAUGGACAAGACAGGAUGGCGAAGGAAGAGGUGGUCAAGAGAUUGAAAGCGGGUGUCGCUUGGUCAGUAUCUAUCGGAGGGCAGGUCAAGAAAGGAGCACUCCAGCCGAUCGUCAUGGGCAUCAAGAUCCGGCAGGGUCGCAAGACAGUCACUGUCGUGUCCGGGCUGGAGGCAUUCGGGAUCGACGUGGACGAUUUCGCAGAAGAGCUGCGGAAGCUAUGCGCAGGUAGUGCAUCAAUAUCACCUCUCAGCGGCGCAUCACCCAAAUUGAAUCUUAAGGAAGUAGCUGUCCAGGGUCCUCAGAUCAAGAUCAUCACCGCGGCGUUGAUGGAGAAGGGGGUGCCAAAGCGGUGGAUCAAGGAAGAAGAAGCGAAGAAGAAGUAG